UGUGACUGUAUAUAAAUUAUUGUUGACAGCAGUAGAUUACCUUUAAAACACUGGGUUCCUGAAUUAAAUAUUAUGAUAAUGGCAUUAUCAGUUUAGAAGAAAUCCCAGAAAAAGAAAGAUUCCAGAAGAAAGGGUUGGAUGCAAAAUGUCAGACAAAAAAGAGAUAUUAUUUGAGCUUAAAUCAGAAAAAAGCACACAGUUCUCUAGCAAGUGCAAAGACAUUUUUGGAAACUUGGAGAAACUUGAAAAAAAGCAUGAGGAAUUUGAAAAAUCUAGAUCAGAUGAUGACAGGAGUGUGAUCAAAACAGAUCCAAACGAUGCCGACACAGAGACAAUUACCUCUGCUUUCAAAGUACCUCAGUCAGGAAGCCUUGCACGGAGAGGUGGUGGCCCAUGGAGAAGGCACCAAGAAAGGAAAGAACAGAGGGAUGGGAACCCUCCACCGUGGAGGGGUGACUGCGACAGAAGAUUGGAAAGGAGGAAAGAUGACAGAGGAACUGACAGCAUCCGACAUGAACUCCAGCCGAGGCAAUUCAUGGGGCACAGAAGAGGGCAUCCUUACCAUAACUACAGGGGAAAUAGGAGGCAAAGGACCCCAGAUUAUAAAGCUCAUCCAGAGAAAUGGACCAAAUAUUCCCUGGAGGAUGUUGGGAAUGAGGAUAUGUCAGAAUCCUCCAAUACAAGGGCAGCAUUUGCUUUCUUGGAAGAGCGACGGAAAUUACGAGAGGGUGAAAUGAAAGCUGAGGCAGUGAAUACAGAAGACACUUCCUGUUCAAAAGGAAUCUUUACGUUUAAGAAACCAGUGAAGAAUGAGAGCAAAAAGGACACAUGUAAAGUUUCUUCUAAAGAUACCCUUCAGCCAUCAAAUUCAAAUGAUGAUGAAAACAUAACUUUAUCGUAUGAAAAAGAAAGUGUAGAAGCGUCAAGUCCAGGAGAAAUUGAGAAAGUGGAAGUUGAAAAGGUGACAUUUAAGUCUCAUAAAAAGUCAAAGAGGAGCAUCAGAAUUCGGGAUACAGAUGAUGAUUGACUUUAUGUUUAUCAAUUCCUACCAAACAUUUCUGAAUUAUUUUAUGUUUUAGAUUUCAAUUCGUUCUGACUGCUCAUCAAUACACUGUAAUAAAACAUUAAUUUAUAAUAUAACAUUACUGGUUAGAAAUUAAUUGAAAUUUUAAGUAAUGAUACUAAGAUACAGUUAUGUGUCUCUUUACUGAUCAUCUAAGUCAUGUAGUAGCUUUUAAAAUAGUUAACAAGAGGCCCAUUGGCCCACAAUGCUCACCUGAGUCAUGGCCCUCCUGUUUUCCAUCAGCAGAUUUUUUGCCCAUAUAUAAUCCUAUAAAAAACUUUGAUCGCCUAAUUUGGCCCCACCCUACACCAAGAGGACUUGCUUUGAAUAAACUUUAAUCUACACUACCUAAGGAUGCUUCCAUAUCUGUAUGUCUAAUCAUGCCUUUGUCGUUCUUCAGAAGAUUUUAAAAAAUUUUCCAAUACAUGUAUAUACCUAUGUAAAACUUGGAUCUCCCAUUGUAGCCCCGCCCCAUGUCUGGGAGUCAUGAUUUUAACAAAGUUAACUAGAAUCUAUUCUCCUUGAGGAUGUUUCUAUAUCUGUAUGACUAAAUAUACCUUCACUGUUCUUGAGAAGAUUUUUUUUAAUAGAUUUUUUUCUUAUAUGUUCCUAUUUCAAAACUGUGAU